AUGGAUGGCCUCUGUGUGGGCAUCUGGAUCAUGAACCAGGGGCUGGAGAAGCCUUGGUGGUUCAACCACUCCAAAGUCUGGCCCCAAGCCGAUCUCUACACGAAGAUUCUUGUUGCCUACAGCAGUGCUCAAGUUUGCAUGCAGAGUGUGGGCCAAUAUUACCUCAGCAUCGUCCUCCUCAUCCUCAUGGACUCGCGGGCGCUGCUGCCCAACGGUUCCUCCAUCCAGGCCGCGGCUCCCGGCCCCGGCGUCCCGGUGGGCUCGGCGGUGCCCGCUGCCCCCGGGGCGCUGCGGGCCGGGGCGCUAGCGCUGGCGCUGCACGCGGUGCUGGAGGGGCUGGCGCUGGGGCUGCGCGAGGGGGACGCGGCGGCGCUGCGGGUGCUGCGGGUGCUGCUGCUGCACAAGGGCGCCGUGGCCUUCGGCCUCUCGCUGGAGCUGCUGCGGAGCCGCCUGCGCCCACCCGCCGUGGCCUCGUGCCUGGUGCUGCUGGCCCUCAUGUCCCCGCUGGGCGUCGGGGUGGGCACGGCGCUGGCGGCGGGCGCGGGGCCGAGGCAGCGCCUGUGCCGGGCCGUGCUGGAGGGCUUGGCGGCCGGCACCUUCCCCUUCGUCACCUUCCUGGAGAUUCUGCCCCAGGAGCUGGGAGUGCCGCGGAAUCGCAUCCCCAAGGUGACCCUGAUCCUCGCCGGCUUCGCGUUGGUCAGCGCCAUCCUCUUCGUCAAAGGAUGAGAUCCGCCGGGAUCUGCGCCCCGGCCUUGGAGGAUCCUGUGGGAUUCCUGUACCCCGAAGUGCCAAAGUGCCUCUCCCAGCUCUGUGCCUCAGUUUCCCUCUCUAACCUGUCCUCUUUCUCAAGCCCGACCUGGGAUCCCCCAUUCUCGCUCCCACCCUGCACUCCCCUUUUCCAAAGUGCCAAAGUGCCUCUCUCAGCGCUGUGCCUCAGUUUCCCCAUCUGCACAAGGGAUCGGUGCUGUGACCCCCCCCCCCGGACACCGGGAGGGGGUGAAUGUCCCCCCACCCCCCCAAUAACCACAAGUGCCCUUAUGGACUCCCCCGGAUUUGGGGGUGUUGGAUGAAGCAAAUAAAGA